AUGACACCCUCCUUCAUCUCUCUCCUCCUCCUCCUCUCUGCUGUUCCGGCCAUAGCCAUCCCCGCCCCCAUCCUCACCCCCUGGGACAGCGACAGCCAGACCCUCCCUCACAAGUCCCUCUCCCCCUGGGACGCCGGCGCUGUCAAUCAAUACCCCAUCCACCAAAGCUGCAACGCCACACAGCGUCUGCAGAUCGAGACCGGUCUAAACGAGACCAUCGCGCUGGCUGAUCACGCCAAAGCCCAUAUCUUGCGCUGGGGCAACGAGAGCUCCAUCUACCGAAAAUACUUCGGCGAUAGUCCCUCCAUCGAAGCCAUCGGGGCGUUCGAUAUCGUCGUGAACGGCGACAAGGGCGGCGUGUUAUUUCGGUGCGAUAAUCCUGAUGGGAAUUGUGAUCUUGAUGACUGGGCCGGCCACUGGCGCGGCACCAAUGCAACCACAGAGACCGUAAUCUGCGAUCUCAGCUACACAACCCGCCGCUCCCUCACAACGCUCUGCAGCCAAGGCUACGCAGUGUCCUCAUCCAAGCCAAACACCUUCUGGGCCGCGGACCUGCUGCACCGGCUGUACCAUCUCCCUGCGAUCGGCCAGGGCCUGGUCGAGCAUUAUGCGGACGACUAUGAGGAGGUGAUUGAGUUGGCACAGGGCAACCGGUCGAGCCUGGCUACGAGGGACUCGAAUGCGUUGCAGUUCUUUGCGCUGGAGGUGUAUGCGUUUGAUGUUGUUGUUCCAGGGGUGGGGUGUGCUGGGGAGGAUGUGGAUGAAGGAGAGGGUCAUGAUCAUGAGGAAGACGAUAAGGAUGAGGAGAAGGAGGAUAUUCCUGAGUGGAUCGGUGCCGAACAGACGUUUGAUGCGCUGGAGAAGGCGAGAAUUGCAACUGCCACCUAA